UUUAGCGAUGGCUGAAGGAACUGGGCGACUGAGUGCUGAUCGAAAGCAAGAAGAAACGUAUCGUUGUAAAGAGAGGGGUAAAUGUUCGAAGGAGGAGGAAGAGAGGCUCGAACGGCAGCACUUUUGGAAGGUCAUCGACGCUUUCAGAUAUUACAGGAUUCAUGUCCACGAACGAGUGAGCCGUGCAGAACGGCAGUUCCGAUUACUUCCAGAGCACCAACAGCAACUUUUGCCAAAUUUCUUGACGCACCUGGCGAAGAUUCGUCGAUGUGUUGACCACAACCAAGAGGUGCUUCGAGCCAUUGUGCUGAACUGCGUCCACAUGUUUGAGAAUAUGGAGUAUGGAGAAGAUGAUAACUUGAGAAAGGUGCGGCCUUCGUCAACCUUUGACAUGGAUAAGCUGAAGUCUACAAUCAAGCAGUUUGUACGAGAUUGGAGUGAGGCUGGCAAGGCCGAGAGAGAUGCCUGCUACCAGCCUCUCAUCACUGAGAUUCUAAAGCUCUUUCCAAGAGAAAAGUGUGAGGCAUCGAAAGUGAGGAUCCUGGUGCCGGGGGCAGGGCUUGGGAGACUAGCUUGGGAGAUUGCCCGACUGGGCUAUGCCUGCCAAGGCAACGAGUGGAGCUUCUUCAUGCUCUUCUCUUCCAACUUUGUUUUAAACAGGUGCGAUGAGGUGAAUUCCAUGACCCUUUACCCAUGGAUCCACCAGUUCAGCAAUAACAAAAGAUCACUUGAUCAGAUCCGACCAAUUAAAUUUCCGGACGUCAACCCACAGAGCCUUCCAGCAAAUUCUGACUUCUCCAUGGUGGCAGGAGACUUCCUGGAGGUUUACACUGAACCAAAUACGUGGGAUUGUGUCACUACCUGUUUCUUCAUUGACACUGCUCAUAAUGUCAUUGACUACAUAGAAACUAUAUGGAACAUUCUUAAACCAGGGGGAGCAUGGAUUAAUUUAGGCCCUCUGUUGUACCACUUUGAAAAUAUGGCCAAUGAACUGUCAAUUGAACUCAGCUAUGAAGAUGUAAAGGCAGCCAUUUUACAGUAUGGAUUUCAGAUGGAGGUUGAGAGAGAUUCUGUUCCUACAACCUACACUGAGAAUGACCAGUCCAUGCUGAAAUACCUAUAUGACUGUGUCUUUUUUGUGGCAAGAAAACCAGCUCGUCAGUUUUCCAAUGGCUUCCAAGAUGAAGAUGCUGGUCAGGUUGAGGAAACACAGCCGAAAGAAGGCAAUGACUCUACGACAUGACACCGCUUGAAAUGUGUCAAGCUGACAAUAGGAAUAAUGCUGACCGAAAUGCAGAUCAAUUUGAAUUUAUUUGCUCAGUUUUUUGUGUUGGAAUGUGCUGUCCUUGAAAGUUUGAGCACUCCAAUUGUACAGAUGAAAUGUCCUAAGGAUAUACAUAUACGGUGUUACCAGUGACACUUUUUCUUCCUUCUCAUUGAAUGAAGACUUAUUAAUCCCAGCGGGAAAUUGGAUGCGGUUGCAGCAGCGUACAGUAUACGCCAUAUAUGCACACAUGCGCACGUGCAUAUAUACAAUGACAAAGUAGACAAAAUUAAGUAGAGGAGUUAAAAAGUGAAUAAGCAAACAUGUUUAUAGACUAGAAGGGGCACGGUGAAGGGAGGUGUUGUAAGAUCAGUGCCUCGGUCACUAAGAGGUCACCUCUAUGGCAAAAUGAGGACUUACUGUAGAGGCUGAUGCCUGCAGGUAGAAAUGAUCUGCAGGACCUCUUCCUGGACACCAUAAAUGGACUAGGCUUUUGCUCAAAGUGUCCCCAUGUUUACUCCAGUGGCCUGCAGAGGAUGACCAUUGUUGUCUACGACAGAUCCGACUUUGUUCUGUGUGUGCUUCUGUGCGAUUUCCAGCAGGGAGUCGAACCUCACUCCUAGGUCGAGUAACAUGAUUUUGGUGCCUUUUGUCAUCGCAGUCUUUCAGUCCAAAAUAAGUACAGUAGUUUCUUAUUCUGAAGUGCUCAGUUCAAGUACAUGCAUUGCAGAAGUUUUCUGUAUUUAUUUUCUAAGGAAUAUAUUUGUUUUUAA